AAGAGGCUUUGCGUCCUUUACGUAUUACGUCACCGCCGUGGUCCAGCCCUUCUACGUUGAGUGCCCAGCACCACAGACAUCAUGGCGUCCUUAUCAAUGGCCCCCGUCAACAUCUUCAAACAUGGAGCUGAUGAAGAGAAAGCAGAAACUGCUCGAUUGUCGUCCUUUGUGGGAGCCAUUGCCAUUGGGGAUUUGGUAAAAAGCACUCUGGGACCAAAGGGAAUGGAUAAGAUUCUGCUUAGUGGAGGAAAAGGUGCAACCGUCACAGUAACUAAUGAUGGCGCAACCAUCCUGAAGGCCAUUGGUGUCGAUAACCCUGCCGCCAAGGUUCUGGUUGACAUGUCAAAGGUUCAAGAUGAUGAAGUUGGAGACGGAACUACAUCUGUGACUGUUUUGGCUGCUGAGUUGCUCCGGGAGGCAGAGCUUCUCAUUGCUAAGAAAAUCCAUCCUCAGACCAUCAUCUCUGGCUGGAGGAAGGCCACACAGGUGGCCAGAGAGGCUCUGAAGGAAGUGGCUGUUGACCACAGCAAUGAUGACGCUCGGUUCCAAGAAGAUCUGCUGAACAUCUCUCGUACGACGCUGUCCUCUAAACUCCUGACUCACCAUAAAGACCAUUUCGCCAAGCUGGCUGUCAAUGCGGUCCUGAGGCUCAAGGGUUCUGGAAACCUGGAGGCCAUCCAUGUCAUUAAGAAGCUGGGCGGCAGUCUCACAGACUCCUACCUGGAUGAAGGUUUCCUGCUGGACAAGAAGAUUGGCGUCAACCAACCAAAAAGGCUGGAGAAUGCUAACAUCCUGAUUGCUAACACCGGCAUGGACACAGACAAGAUCAAGAUCUUUGGCUCGAGGGUUCGUGUUGACUCCACUGCUAAGGUUGCAGAGAUUGAACUGGCCGAGAAAGAGAAGAUGAAGGAGAAGGUUGAUCGAAUCCUCAAACACGGAAUUAACUGCUUCAUCAACAGACAGUUGAUCUACAACUAUCCAGAGCAGUUGUUUGCACAGGCAGGAGUCAUGGCAAUUGAGCACGCUGACUUUGCUGGAGUUGAACGUCUUGCGCUGGUCACAGGUGGUGAGAUCACAUCUACCUUUGACCAUCCUGAGAUGGUGAAGCUCGGCCACUGCAAGCUCAUUGAAGAGGUGAUGAUCGGCGAGGACAUGCUGAUCCACUUCUCUGGAGUGGAAAUGGGUGAGGCUUGCACCAUUGUACUGAGAGGAGCCACUCAGCAGAUCCUGGAUGAGGCUGAGCGCUCGCUGCACGACGCUCUCUGUGUGCUGGCUCAGACGGUGAAGGAGCCACGGACAGUCUUCGGAGGAGGAUGCUCUGAGAUGCUAAUGGCAAAGGUGGUGAGCGAUUUGGCCAGCAGGACCCCAGGAAAGGAAGCUGUUGCUAUGGACUCAUUUGCCAAAGCUCUGAGAAUGAUUCCAACCAUCAUUGCUGACAACGCUGGCUACGACAGCGCCCAACUGGUGGCCCAACUGAGAGCCGCUCACCAGGAGAACAAGAACACUUUUGGCCUGAACAUGACUGAAGGCACUGUGGGCGACAUGGCUGAGCUGGGGAUCACGGAGUCCUUCCAGGUGAAGCGUCAGGUUCUGCUGAGUGCAUCUGAGGCAGCUGAGAUGAUCCUGAGAGUCGACAACAUCAUCAAAGCUGCACCUAGGAAGAGGGUUCCUGACCAUCACCCCUGCUAAAGUGAGACAGGCGUGAGGAAGAUGACCAUGGGAGGGACUUUGGCUAUUUAUCACACCAGUGUAGAUCCACUCAAGAAACGCUCCAUCCUUUUCUUUCCAGUUAAACCACCACCGUGAGUCCUGGUGCAGCCCGAAUGGUUGGCUAACAGCCAGACAUCUUCUGUGGCAAAGCUAGCGCAAAGUAACAUGAACGCGGAAAGUGUGUUUUUGUUUGUUAUCAUUAGCGGAGAUUGCUACGUUAGCUGUAGGCUGGAUAACAUGCGUCACCAUUGGGCAGAGCUAUUUCACUGUUUGUUUUUGGUUACUGAAAUAAAUGAACCUGUUCCGAUCAGU